AUGUCAGACCCACCACUGAUAGUCAGCGUCUUGAAAGGCAACGGCAUCGGGCCGGAGAUCAUCAAGUCGACGAUAGCGGUUCUCGAGAGCACUUGCAUCAAUUUCGAAUGGCGAGAAGUACCUAUUGCAGAAGAAUCGAUCAAGCUUUACGGACACCCGAUAGCCCCUGAGGUAGUGGCACAACUACGGCAGACGAAGCAUUGCAUUAAAGCUCCGCUUAUUGUUAAGCCAGGACAAGGAAAGACUGUUUGCGUUCAGCCUGAUGGAUCGCAAAGCACCUAUCCCUCACUAAACAAUGCCGUUCGACGGGAACUCGGUCUGUUCGUCAAUGUCAGACCUAUUCGAGGAUAUACCGGCGUCUCUGGCGCCUAUGAAGACCUGGACAUCGCAAUCAUGAGGGAGGUCACCGAGGAUGUCUAUAUCGGCCACGAACAUGGGAUUGGCAACGAUCUAGCAGCAGAAGCAAUCAAACUUACGACUCGCUCGGCUUCCCUUCGAGUGGCGAAGUAUGGGUUCGAAUAUGCAGUCCGAAUGAAGCGAGAACGGGUUACCUGCGUUCACAAAGCGAAUGUCUUAGGCAUGACCGACGGCCUCUUUCUACGCUGCUUCUACGAAGUCGCUGCUCAGUAUCCACAGUUCAAGGUCGACGACGUUAUGAUUGACGCGGCCUGUUACCUGAUUGUGAAGGAUCCGAAAAGAUUCGACGUCGUUGUGACCCCAAACCAAUACGGCGACAUCUUUUCAGAUCUUGCAGCUGGCUUAGUGGGCUCUCUAGGUCUUGCUCCAGGCGCCAACAUCAGUGACGAUGUUUGCACUUACGAGGCGUCUCACGGCGCAGCUCCGGACAUUGCUGGACUGGGUAUUGCGAACCCUCUGGCGCUGAUCCUUUCUGGAGUUGAGAUGUUGAGGAAUGCAGCGUAUCAGAAGCAAGCGGAUGCCGUGCAGAGAGCCAUUGCAGAGUUUUUGCAGAAGAAGCAAUAUCUCACUCCAGAUCUUGGAGGCAUCGCAAAGACGGAGGAAAUGACAGCGGCAUUGGUGCAGGGCGUUCGGAGUCAGCUCACAGAAGAUGGUCCUGCUGGGCGAACCGUCAAGUUUUAA